AUGGAGAAUGAGGAAGAUUUUGAGGUGAAUGAGCAAGAUUUGGAUAAGGUGAAUGUGUAUAUUGAGCAUUGGAAUGAUGAUAAAUUUGAGGAUGGAGAGAAAAACAAUGUUGGGCCUGAAGAGGAGAAGACAGAUGAAGAUCGUGAUUUGUUGACUGAUAAUAAUAUUGAGGAUGCGGAGAAAGACGAUGUUGGGCCUCUGGAGGAGAAGAAAGAUGGAGAUCGUUAUUUGUUGACUGAUCAUAAUAUUGAGGUAUGCAUUUCUUGCAUUUGGCAUAUUUCUUGCAUUUGGCAUAUUUCUCGCAUGGAGAAAGACAAUGUUGGGAAUGUUGAGGAGGCUGAUGUGGUUGAUGGGAAAUCCAAUGUUGGGAAUGUUGAGGAAGCUGAUGUUCUUGUGGAGGAGAAGGUGGAAAAGAAUGUGGAAGAGAAUGUAAAGGAGAAUGUGGAAGAGAAUGUGGAGGAGAAUGUGGAGGAGAAUGUGGAGGAGAAGGUGGAAGAGAAGGUGGACGAUGAUUUCAUUGUGAAGAAGGGGAAGAAGGUGGUGCAGAAGAAGGUGGACGAUCAUUUCGUUGUGGGGAAGAAGGAAGAGUAG